GGCGGCUCUGGUGGAAGACAGAUAAGGCUUUUUCUACUUGCUGUUGAUUACCCAAAUUUUCCAUUGUUACGGACCUUAUGCUUCUGGUUAUUCCCAAUAGAAAGCUCUUUGCUUUUGCUCGCUCCCUAGUUGUGAUUCUCGAGAUAAUUGGUGUUCUAAUUCUCUCUUAAGUUCACAAGUUCAGGCACAGCUUGACCUUGAUUUGCAUUUCUCCCUCAGGCAAUAUGGAACUGGCCAGUACUUCAAAUGCUGGUAGCAUUUUGUGGUUCUUCAGGGAUAGAGGUUUUGAUGAUAAGAGUAUUCAUGAAAUGUUCAGAAAGUGCAAGCGCCUAGAGGGCAUUCAAAAGGAAAGAGCAUCUGAAAAUUGGUCUUACCUGAAAAGUAUUGGCAUUCAAGAGAGAAGGCUUCCUUACGUUAUUUCAAAGUGCCCCAAAAUCCUUACUCUGGACCUCAAUGAGAAGCUCGUCCCAAUGGUUGAAUGCCUUGCUACACUAGCGAACAAACGAGCUGAAGUUGCUUCUGCCAUAACUAAGUUCCCUCACAUACUUUCUCAUAGUGUAGAAGAGAAGCUUUGCCCACUUUUGGCAUUCUUUCAGGCACUGGGUGUUCCUGAAAAGCAACUGGGCAAGAUCAUAUUUCUCAACCCAAGGCUUAUCAGUUACAGCAUUAAUUCCAAGCUAACUGAGAUUGUCGACUUUCUUGCUGGUCUUGGACUUAACAAAGAUGGAAUGAUUGGCAAAGUCCUGGUGAAACACCCCUUCAUAAUGGGUUAUAGCGUCGACAAAAGACUACGUCCUACUUUGGAGUUUAUGAAGUCCGUUGGCCUGACAGAUAUGAAUCUUCAAACUGUGGUCAUGAACUUCCCUGAAGUUUUGUGUAGAGAUGUGAACAAGAUCCUGCGGCCCAAUCUUACUUAUCUAAGGAGAUGUGGAUUUGAGGAUAGACAAAUAGCUGCGAUUGUGACUGGUUAUCCUCCUAUUCUGAUCAAGAGUAUUAAAAAUUCGUUGGAACCUAGGAUGAAAUUUUUGGUAGAAGUAAUGGGGAGACAAAUUGAUGAAGCAGCCGACUAUCCCAGCUUCUUUCAGCACAGCUUGAAGAAGAUUGUGGAGUCAAGAUACAAACUUUUGAAACAGAAAAAUGUAGAAUGUAGCUUGAGUGAGAUGCUGGAUUGUAAUCAAAAGAAGUUCUUAAUGAAGUUUGGUUCGCUUAAGGGUGUUCCUGAGAUUAGUUAGUUUGUUAUUACAGUCUAGAUAGAUUACCUUGAAAUUUGCUUUUAAUGAAGUUUGUUGUGAGAUUAAUUUGUUCUCAAUGAAGUUCGGUUUGCUUUAAGGA